AUGGUAUUUUUUACAUGCAAUGCAUGUGGUGAAUCAGUGAAGAAGGUACAAGUGGAAAAGCACGUGGCUGUUUGCCGAAACUGCGAAUGUCUUUCCUGCAUCGACUGCGGCAAAGACUUCUGGGGUGAUGACUAUAAAAACCACGUGAAAUGCAUAAGUGAAGAUCAGAAGUAUGGUGGCAAAGGGUAUGAAGGUAAAACCCACAAAGGCGAUGUUAAACAGCAGGCAUGGAUUCAGAAAAUUCAUGAAUUAAUAAAAAGACCCAAUGUCAGCCCCAAAGUGAGGGAACUGUUAGAGCAAAUUAGUGGUUUUGACAACGUUCCCAGGAAAAGGGCAAAAUUUCAGAAUUGGAUGAAGAACAGUUUAAAAGUUCAUAAUGAAUCUAUCCUGGAGCAGGUGUGGAAUAUCUUUUCUGAAGCUUCCGGCAGUGAACCCGUCGGUAAGGGGCGAGAUCAGCAGCCGGCAGAGCCAGCGAGCAAGCCGUGUGCAGAGAGCAACACCGAGGUCCCACCCUCCAAAGCAAACAGCAGCACGGGGGAGCGUGCAGAGGCCAAGAAGGAUAAGAGGGAAAGGAAGGCAGACCGGCAGCAAAACAGGAAAAAAGAAAAGAAAGAACUAAGACUCGAAAACCACCAGGAGAAUGCAAAGAGUCAGAAGCCUAAAAAGUGCAAAGCGGCGCGGGAGGCUGAGCAGGAGGCGGCCAAUGGCUCCUCGGGGACGAAGAGCCAGAGGAAGAAGAGCAAGGCCAAGCGCGCCCAGGACGGGGCGGUGGAUGGAGGUGCCAAGGCGGGGGAGCAGGCAGACGCCGGUCCGGGCAAAAGAAAGCGCAAGCACUCGGGAGUUGAAUCAGAUUCUAAGAAGAAAAAGAUUAAGCUCCCAGAAAAUUCUGAGGAUGGAGAACCGGAAAACCAUGAGGCUCCUGCAAAAGGCAAAUUCAACUGGAAGGGAACUAUUAAAGCAGUUCUGAAACAGGCCCCAGACCAUGAAAUAACAAUCAAGAAGCUAAGGAAAAAGGUUUUAGCUCAGUAUUAUGCGGUGACAAAUGAAUAUCACAAAUCUGAAGAGGAACUCCUAGUCAUCUUCAACAAGAAAAUCAGCAAGAACCCCACCCUGAAGUUAUUAAAGGACAAGGUCAAGCUUUUAAAAUGA